AUGGCGCUCAGGCCCUCCUCGCCUGCCUCGUCACUCUUCAGCAAGAAAAAGCAGCCCCUCACAACUGCCGCUUCUUACCUCUCUGCCGUCCACGAGGCAGAUCAACACGCCCGUGCACGUUCUAUCGACCGUUCAUCAUCCCCCACUCCCAACUCCACCCCCGCGCUCUCCCUUUCGUCCUCCGUGACAGCCUCUAGUGAAGACACAGUCCUCCACGAGGAUGAUGAAAGUGGCCUCAACUACCCCUGGACCCCGCCGACCUCCGAGCAGGUCUUCAGCACCGUACACACCGAGUUUGGGCAUUGCGCCAACGAGAGCUACCGUUGUGUCUCCCAGCAUGACUACGCGAACCCUGUCAAGGAGAAGGAGAUCGAGGAACCGCCGUACUACAUCCUCAUCACCACCUACCUCAGCUAUCUCAUCCUCAUCUGUUUCGGACACGUGAGGGACUUCUUUGGCAAGCGUUUCGCGAAGAAGUACUUCACUCAUGUCAUGUCCCACAAGGGUUACGCGGCUCUGAACUCGGACUUUGACUCCUUCUACACCCGCCGUCUCAAGGCUCGCAUGGACGACUGCUUCUCGCAGCCCAUCACUGGCGUCGCCGGUCGCACCGUCGUCACGCUCGACCGCUACUCGACGGACAACAACUGGACCCAGAUUUACACCGGCACCAAAACCCGCGUGCUCAACAUUUCGUCGUACAAUUACCUUGGCUUCGCUCAGGCCCGCGGCGGCUGCGCUGACGCCGUCGAGGAGUCGAUCAAGCGAUUCGGCAUUUCCACCUGCGGUUCGCGUCUCCAGGGCGGCACCGGUGAGCUGCACGGUGUCGCGGAGGCGCUCGUGGCCAAGUUCGUCGGCAUGGAGGACGCCCUCAUCAGCUCGAUGGGUUUUGCCACCAACUCCACCUUUAUUCCCGCUCUCGUGGGCAAGGGCUGCCUUGUCAUUUCGGACGAGCUCAACCAUGCGUCGAUUCGUACGGGUGUACGUCAGAGCGGCGCUCAGGUCCGGAUGUUCAAACAUAACGACAUGGAGAACCUCGAGAACCUGCUUCGGGAUGUCAUCAGCCAGGGCCAGCCGCGUACGCACCGCCCGUGGAGGAAGAUUUUGAUCAUCGUCGAGGGUCUUUAUUCGAUGGAGGGAACGCUGGUCAACUUGCCGCGGAUCAUCGAGCUGAAGAGGAAGUACAAGUUCUACCUCUUCAUUGACGAAGCCCACUCCAUCGGCGCUCUCGGACCUCACGGUCGCGGCGUCUGCGACUACUUCGGCAUCAACCCCCGCGAUGUCGACGUCCUCAUGGGCACCUUUACCAAGUCCUUCGGCGCAGCUGGUGGUUACAUCGCCGGCCCCAAGACCCUCAUCGACGCUCUCCGCCUCCGCGGUCAGAGCGGCGCGUACGCCGAGUCGAUGCCACCACCUGUUCUUACCCAGGUCAUGGCGAGCAUGGCCAGCAUCAUGGGUGUCGCCCCUCCUACGUCGCAGUCGUCGAAGUCUGGUGUUAUGUCCACACCGUCGUCAACGUCUACCCUCCGUCUUGGCUAUAUCGAGUCCGAGGAGCAUCCCUGUCCCGCACCAGCGUCUGCCAUUCCCUCUUGGCUCUCACUCCCUCCUCACCUGCAAGAUGGCUCUGAGGGUCGGACACGUCUUCGUCGCCUGGCGUUCAACUCGCGUUACCUCCACGCCGGCCUGUCGAAGCUCGGUUUCAUCACCUACGGCCACCCGUUCUCGCCUAUCGUCCCUCUCCUGAUCUUCAACCCCGGCAAGAUGUCGAUGUUCGCACGCAUGAUGCGCGCCCGGUCGACGCCCAUUGUUGUCGUGGUAGUCGCGUAUCCAGCGACGCCACUCGUCACCUCGCGUGUGCGGUUCUGCGUCAGUGCAGCCCAUACGAAGGAGGAUAUCGAUGUUGUGCUCAGGGCGUGCGACGAGAUUGGGGAUGUUCUCGAUCUCAAGCAUUCGCAUGGCGAGCGGUGGGCUGUCGACGAGAUCUGCAAGAGGAGUGUCGAGCUCGUAGAGGGUGUUGCGGCUGUGCAGGCUGCGUGA